UUAAACAGAUUUUAUUUUUUACGUUUGCGUUACGAAUCAUCUUUUUGCCUCUCUCUCAACGCAAUCACCCUACACGUGUUUCUCUCCUUUCCCGUUUAAUUUUCUCAGUCUCGCCGUGAAAUUUGUUCUUCUCUUCUUUUCCGGGCGAAUCAAAAUCCUUCUCUGUUCCAAUCGCGUCUCCGUUGGUAUUUUACAUGAACGUUUAGCGGAAUCUCGGGUUUAGCUUCGGAGCUUUGCAUUUGAUCUUCCUCUGUGUCGUCAUUCUCUCGGAUUUUGUUUGUUCGCUGCUGCAAAUCAGCGAAAUCUAUUCCUGGAAGUGAGAAGAUCGCUUGGAAGCGUUUCAGGGAGUUGUUGGAAUGGAGGGUCCGGAAAGAUGAGGGAUUUUUAAUACGCAGUUAAUUCUUUGACGCCUUAAUAGUUUGCUGUCUUACACGUCUUUGGUAAAGAUACUCGAAGGAAAAGGGAAAAGGAAGGUAGUUCAAGAAGAUGACAAUGUUCGCCUCUUUAACGUCUAAAAUUUUAUCGUUGUCAACUUCUGACCACGCCUCUGUGGUUUCACUCAAUCUCUUUGUUGCCCUUCUAUGUGCUUGUAUCGUGAUUGGGCAUCUUCUGGAGGAGAAUCGAUGGAUGAACGAAUCUAUCACAGCUUUAUUGAUUGGGCUUUGCACUGGUGUCGUCAUUUUGUUGAUUAGUAGAGGGAAAAACUCACAUCUGUUGGUCUUCAGCGAAGAUCUUUUCUUUAUAUAUCUUUUGCCACCCAUAAUAUUCAACGCAGGAUUUCAAGUAAAAAAGAAGCAAUUUUUCCGAAACUUUGUAACUAUCAUGGCUUUUGGCGCCAUUGGGACCAUAGUUUCUUGCACCAUAAUAUCUCUCGGUGCAAUUCAGUUCUUUAAGAAAUUAGACAUUGGGACCUUUGACUUGGGCGAUUUUCUUGCAAUCGGCGCCAUAUUUGCUGCAACCGACUCUGUAUGCACGCUGCAGGUUCUCAAUCAAGAUGAGACACCUUUGCUUUACAGUCUUGUAUUUGGAGAGGGCGUUGUGAAUGAUGCCACAUCUGUUGUGCUCUUCAAUGCAAUUCAGAGCUUUGACCUCACACACCUGAACCAUGAAGCAGCUUUUCAAUUUCUUGGGAACUUCUUCUAUCUGUUUCUCUUGAGCACCAUACUUGGUGUCGCAACUGGUCUGAUAAGUGCUUAUGUCAUCAAGAAGCUAUAUUUUGGAAGGCACUCAACUGAUCGAGAAGUUGCCCUCAUGAUGCUUAUGGCAUAUCUUUCAUACAUGCUUGCUGAGCUAUUCGCCUUGAGUGGUAUUCUAACUGUAUUUUUCUGUGGGAUUGUGAUGUCCCAUUACACUUGGCACAAUGUAACCGAGAGCUCAAGAAUUACUACCAAGCAUGCCUUUGCUACUUUGUCGUUUCUCGCUGAGACUUUUAUUUUCCUCUACGUUGGAAUGGAUGCAUUGGACAUAGAGAAAUGGAGAUUCGUGAGUGACAGCCCGGGGACAUCAGUUGCAGUGAGCUCAAUUCUAAUGGGUCUAGUCAUGCUUGGAAGAGCAGCUUUUGUCUUUCCUCUUUCCUUCUUAUCAAACUUAGCCAAGAAGAAUCAGAGCGAGAAAAUUAGCAUCAAGCAGCAAGUUGUGAUCUGGUGGGCUGGUCUAAUGAGAGGUGCUGUAUCUAUGGCGCUUGCCUACAAUAAGUUUACAAGAUCAGGGCACACAGAAUUGCGCGGGAAUGCAAUCAUGAUUACCAGUACUAUAACCGUCUGUCUUUUUAGCACCAUGGUGUUUGGUAUGCUGACCAAACCGCUGAUAAGAUACCUAAUGCCACAUCAAAAAGCGACCAUGAGUAUGUUAUCCGACGAUAAUACUCCGAAAUCAAUCCACAUUCCGCUCCUUGAUGGCGAACAGCUAGAUUCAUUUGAGUUACCUGGGAGCCACCAGGACGUUCCACGACCAAAUAGCCUUCGAGGUUUCCUCCUGCGCCCCACACGCACUGUCCACCAUUACUGGAGACAGUUUGAUGAUGCCUUCAUGCGUCCUGUGUUUGGUGGUCGCGGUUUCGUUCCGUUUGUCCCUGGUUCUCCGACUGAGAGAAGCACGCAUGAUCUCAGUAAACCUUAGGAGAAAGAUUAUAGAAACUUUUCAGAAAACCAAAGAAAAACUUGUUCUGGUU